CACUUGUACGUACCUAGUAGGUAAGUAAUCAACCUCACAGCAUAUCACGAUGCCUUCCCUUAGCGAUUUUCUCUAUACUCAAUUCAUCCUCAGAAUUCCUCAACCCACAACCUCCUUUAAAGAAAAGACGGUAAUUGUUACUGGUGCCAACGGAGGUUUAGGCAAGGAAUUCGUCAAGCAUGUCAUCCGCCUUGGCGCUAGCCAUGUCAUAUUCGGUUGCCGCAGCGAGACUCGAGGCACCCAUGCAAAGCGAGAGAUUGAGGCUCUUUUGCAGUGCCAUCCCAAUAUAAUUGAGGUAUGGGAGAUCGAUCUGGAGUCGUCCUCGUCCGUUAAGAGUUUCGUUGAACGGGCCACCACCCUACCUCGAGUAGAUGUCCUCAUCAGCAAUGCGGGCAUCAGUGCCCCGGAAUUCCAAAUUGCCUACGAUACGGAGCGAACUCUCGCUGUAAAUUGCAUAGGCACUUUUCUCCUCGCUGUUCAGAUGAUUCCAAAACUCAAGGAAACGGCCCGGAAGUACGGGGUCACGCCACACAUGACGAUGGUGGGUUCGGCUCUGUACGACGUCGCCAAGUACCCCGAGAACCACGGAGACGACCUAUUCUCCUGGUUCAAGGAUAAAGCGCAUUGGAACGGGAUGAAUCAAUAUAACCUCUCCAAGUUGCUACAAUUAUACGCAACCAUCAAAUUAAGCCAACUGGUAGAUCCGGUCAACUCUGAUGAACCAAACCCCAUCGUAAUCAAUUCCGUCGACCCCUGCUUCUGUAAAACGGGACUCCAAGGCGGCCUAAAGGGCGUAGUCAAGGUCUUGGCGAAGGCAUUUGCGUUGCUCGCGGCACGAACUCCCGAGGAGGGCUCACGACUAGUGGUGCAGGCGGCAACAGCGGGGCGGCAAACGCAUGGGCUUUAUUUCCGGGCUGGUGCAGUGCAGGAAUAUGCCCCUAUCGCCCAGGAUACGAAGAGAGCUGACUAUAUCUGGGAACUGCUAUGUAGGAGGCUUGAGAUCCUGCAGCCGGGGAUCUUACAUAAUUUGCCUUCGUAAUGCGUAAUCCGGUAUUGGGCCUUGCUGUUCUGUAUUCCUUUCUUAGCUAGUCGGUCUCGAGAUGUUUUGAGGGAGUAGAUUUUGAGGUUCCUACCCACAUGUACCUAGGUUAGGAAGGUACAUAAAUUCCUAUUGAGCUAGCUUAAUAUAGAUAGAAGAGAGCUGAAAAUUCACAAGAACGUCUCAAUUUCACAAUCUUGUAA